GUAGAGAAGCGCCUCCCUCUGCGCUCUUAUCGUACACGGCACUAAUCAGAGGCCGAGCCGAGCCGUCUGCUGAAAGGAUCAAACCCCAAACAAGGCUUCUACUUUUCACCUUAUCGCUUGCAAACAAGCGCCACUUUUUAAAGGAAUUCACCCUUAAGGCACCAGCGAAUCAUGGACAUCCAAACGUGGUAGGGUCUUUGUGACUUGAGGUGUGGCAGCAAGGCUGCUCCCUGAUUCCCCCCGGUGCUCCCCUGCCCCCCGCCCUCCUGGACAGCCCCGAAAUGACCACAGGGGAGUGUUGCCACCUCCCAGGCUCCCUGUGCGACUGCACUGGCAACGCUGCCCUGUCCAAAACCGUGGAGGAGGCUGACAACCGCCGGGCCCAGUACGUCACCCAGGUCACGGCCAAAGACGGACGUCUACUGUCUACUGUUAUCAAAGCCCUGGGCACCCAGAGCGAUCGGCCGAUUUGUCGGAUCUGCCACGAGGGUCAAGAUGUGUGCAAUAGCGAGGGGCUUCUCUCCCCGUGCGACUGCACCGGCACAUUGGGCACGGUCCACAAGAGCUGCCUGGAGAAGUGGCUGUCCUCCUCUAACACCAGCUACUGUGAGCUGUGCCACACUGAGUUUACCAUAGAGCGCCGGCCCCGGCCCCUCACAGAGUGGCUCAGGGACCCGGGCCCCCGGAAUGAGAAGCGCACCCUCUUCUGUGACAUGGUGUGCUUCCUGUUUAUAACGCCCCUGGCAGCCAUCUCAGGCUGGCUGUGUCUCCGGGGUGCACAGGACCACCUGCACUUCAACAGUCGCCUGGAGGCAGUCGGCCUCAUCGCUCUGACCAUCGCUCUCUUCACCAUCUACGUCCUCUGGACACUGGUCUCAUUCCGCUACCACUGUCAGUUGUACUCGGAGUGGAGACGAACCAAUCAGAAAGUCCGCUUGCUCAUUCCUGACACCAAGGGAGCACACUCUACCCAGCAUUCCUUGCUUUCCACAAAGCUGCUGAAAAAGACGGCAGACGAGACCAUAGUAUGAGAGAUGUGGUGUGGGGCCCGAUUGCGGUGGUAUUAGCGUGCUACAGGUUCUUGACACAGCGUCGUCGACCAGAGCCGCGGCAUUUUGGAUGCAUUCUUUUCUAUUUAAUCCUUUUUAUCUAAAUAUGUGAGCACUUCAUUUGUUGGAUUUUUUUCACAAGUCUCUUUUAUUGUUUUUUUCGAGCCUUUAUAAGCGUGUUGUUUUAUUUAUUUGGGGCUUGUACAGCCAGGCUGAGGCCCCAUACUGUUCAGUAUGCAUUGUAUUUGAAACAAUCGGAAAUCUAACGUAUGUGUAUAGACGAUUCCUUUGAGCACAGCGGCGAGGGAUUAUGACUCAAGUACGUAUGGCUGCUGAAGCUUAAAACCAAACCUUUCUUUCAUUUUCAAUGUAUCGUUUUUCUACUCAUCUACCUUCAAGUACUUUCCAUCUUAACCUGACGGAGUUCCGCCUAAGCGAACUUAGUCCUUGUGGCUAAACGAUUUAGUCGAUAUAUAAAUGUAUACACACUUAGUGAAACAAGUAAGCUCUAAGCUUCGAUCGACAUGGGUAUUACAGGGCCAUUUGCCCGGGAAAUGAAUGUGGAGGCUGAUGUAUAUCUGCAGAUGCUCAAACUCAUCCGAAGGUUGGCGAAAAAAAGAGAGUGCAAUAACACGCUGCCAUUGGCAUGAUUCUGCUGUGAACACACGCAGGUUUUCAUGCAUGCCUAGUUCAUUUCGUAAAUCUCAUCAAAUUGGUGACUGUUCGUGAGUUUCAAUUUUGUAUACAGAUCAAAGGCUGUUUUUCCGAACCGAACGGUCUCCGAACAACGUAAAACAGCAUGUGGUGGUUUUAAAGUCGUAGCACUUUCUGACAACGUAGCCUAGAUGUGAGCUGAACAAAUGUAGAUAUGUGUACGCUUUUGGGAUGCUAAUAUGUCGCAACUUUAUAUGUUGUUGUUGUUGAGUUGUGAUAAGUGCAGAUGCAAACACCUCUACGGUUCAUUGUUCAGUCAUUUUCAGAAUCCGUUUUUCCUUCGUUUUUUUAGGCGAGUGUUUAAAGUUGAAUGUGUAUGUGUGUUUACGGUAUGCAUUUUAUAAGCUCUGGCUCUUUGUGUUGUUUAGUUAGCAUCAAAAGCCUGAAGUUGAGGAUGGCAUACUUGGGGUUUUGUAGCAGUUUACUUUGUGAAAGAUGCAGGUCAAGCCACAGAGGACGAAGUAAUUGUAAAGAUAAACAUCAUUGCCAGAACAGUAACGAAACCGUUCAUGAAUGACACUACAGUAUUUAAACAAAGGUGUCUUUUAAGCUGUGAGUCAUAUAUUGGUGCAAGAAAGUUCUGCAGAACACCAACCAUCAGAUAUUUUCGAACCGUACAGUUAUGUACCGUCUGAAAGUGUGGGAAUGUGGUAGGCAGUAUCGUAAUAAUUGCAAAUUUGCCACUCUUAAUGUGGACCCUUUUGCGCCUUAUGCACCCGCUGUGGAAGAUCUAGGUCUAGGAAAGAUUUGCGCAAAAGUUUGCCGGUAAAGUUCACUGAGGGCAUUGUUCACCUGAUGAUGAAAAUGUUAUUUAUUCACCCUAAUGUCACUUAAAAUUUUAAUGCUGUUAUUUUAAUCAUAGAACAAUUUUGGUGAAUCAUUUCUGUAACGUGUACAAUGAUCAUUUGUAGUGACCUUAUCUGUCAAGCUUCAAGAUUUCAAUGAAAGCGGUUCAUAUGAAAUGUGCCCUUUUACAAAUUCAUACAAUAGUUUUGUGCAAGAACCAGAAAGAAAUACAAGUGAUAAUCUUCUCCAAAGCUCUAAAAUCUCACUUAUGUUCAGAUUCUGUAAUGAUUGAUGGCCACGCAUUGUUUAUUCUUGAAAGACUAAGUGAAUCUCCACUUAAAAUUUGACUUCGUAUGAGUUCAGUUGGAAUAUAGGGCGCAAGCCAUAUAGACCACAUGGACUUUUUUUUAAUUUUCUAGAAAAGAUCUUUGUGAAAAUUCUUCAGAUCUUAAUGGAAGCUUGGUUCCAGAAUGGGAUUCCAACAUUUUACAAAAAAAAUUCCAUUUAUAUCUCACAAUUCAGUUUUUUUUUUAACAAUACCAGCAGUACUUAAUAAACAGUAUUACUUUUUUCAGAUCAGUUUACAGUUCAGUUCAAUGCAGUUCAAUUCUCUGGUAUUGUUAAAAAAUUUUAUAUACCUUGUACAUUUUGUUAACCAUACAUCACUUUCUAGCCACUCUGGCAAUUCGGAGGAAUUCGGAAUUGUGAGCUAUAAUUAGCGAGAUAUAAUUAUUUUUAUUUUAUAUUCUGUAGCAGAAAAUAAAACAUAAUUGCAAGACUCUGAAUUCAGAAUUCUGAGGGGAAUCAUUUAAAUUACGAGAUGUAAAUCUAACAAGAGUCAGAAUUAUGAGAUAUUAUCAUUGUUAGAAAUAAGUCAGAAUUGUGUGAUUUUGUUUUAAUCGCAUAAUGGGUAAAAAAAAAAAAAGAGAGAAAAAAAGUCAAAAUGACGGUGAAUAAUUAAUGACGUAAUUUUAAUUUUGGCUGAAUUGUUCUUUUAAGGCUAAUAAUAUAAAUAGGUCCAUUAAUUAUUUUAUUGUAAAUUCAAAUGUGUCUCAAUUGUAAAUGUGUAGAUAAAUUGAUGUCUCUGUUGUUCAGAAGUGUUGUGUGCUGUAGGUCCAGGGUUCUGUAUGUGUGUGUUUGUGUGUGUGUGUGGAGCAGACAGGCCCACGAAUGUCUGGAUUAUUUGCUGAAGGAUGCAGCUGAUCAGCCUGCGCUUAAGAUGCUUGUAGUUCACGCGCCACAAACGAGCGAGUUUGAAACCAAAAGGUGCUUCUGUAUAUUUGGACAUUCAAACAUGCAAAAGGUUUUACCCUCAAAUUCAUUGCACCACCCAUCUCCCAUCAGCUAAUUUCACAUUGGAGAAUGGGAGAGAAAAAAAAAAAAGCUUUCCUCUCUAAAUGGAUUCUUUAUUUUAAGGGGAGAAAAUUUGUGCAAUACACUAAAUAUGACGGCAUUAUAUAACAAUAAUUAUUUUGAUAUUUUUGUAGAGUAUUAGGAAUAAUCCAUCAUCAUCAUAAUCAUCAUCUUUCCCAUUGCUCAGUGUUUUUCCGGAAAGAAGUUGCUGAUUUGAACCAUUAUUUCAAACCACUAGUGGUGUUGGAUCACCAACAACAGGCAACUUUACCAGCUUAAUGCUAACUUGAGGAGUGCUGUCUCGUUGUUGUGCUUCCACCUGCUUUCUUCACUUUUUGGGCCAUUCCUUGGUUAUUUUGCAACGUAGGUGUAAUACAUUGAGUGCAAUUUCAAAAAUACUACAAUGCAAUUCUUACCUAUAACCUUAACAAUACAUGUAUGAUAUAUACAUAGAUGUAGAUGUUGUUGCAUAUGAAGGACUUUAUGAGUGGGACAAUGUUGAACUCAUGAUUCUGUUUGUUUAUUUUAUUUUUUUUUUAACUUGCAGUGGAUGCCAGUGAACUGGCCACAAUAUGCAACACUGCAAAAUCAGUUCAGCAGCUCAAUGAUGAUGUUAAUAAACACCUCCGAAACCUCUCUGUUCCUCCAGUGCAUGCUUUCUUAUUUAAAUACAAUUGCACAAUUUCUGGGGGGGAGGUUAAACUUUUUGUUGCAGUUUCAAAAAAGAAGGCAUUACCAAAUCUGGACUGAAUUGUACACGUUCACACAGUUUGUUGAUGCAGUUGAAAUAUCUUUAAUUUUGCCAGUGUGUGUUUUAAUGUAUUCAUAUAUGUAUUAUUUUGUUUCUGUUUUGUUUUCAUUUAUUCUUGGAGCACAGGAUUUUUAUCACACUGAACUUUUGAAAUACUACAAUGUUUAUGUUGUGCAUUGGCUAAGAGAAAGAUGUCUGUUACGUCCUCACCAAAAAUAUGUUGGUGCUUGAAAUCAGCCAAGAAAAGUGUGCAAAGCAAAUUAAAAACGAUGCUCUGGACC